AUGUGGAAGUGGUUAGUUUUGGGAUGUUGGAUAGCUCUGCAAACGAUGUGCAUGAGUCAUGUGACAUUUACUAAUCUGAAGUGCCAUUCGUAUAAUGUGAAAUAUAGUAUUUUUCCAACUUGCCAGAUAAAGGCAGUUAAUCGAUCCCACAAGUACUUGAAUAUAAACGUGAAACUAUUUAAAUUGCCAAUAAACGAUGUUUGGUUAAAGGUAAAAUUUAUGCGUUUUGAUAAUGGUUACAAGCCCGUGUUUUUCGAUUUAUCAUACGAUGCUUGUAAGUUUUUGAAGGAUAACAAUAAUCCACUGGCUCGGCUUUUCUACAACACGUUUAGGAAUAGUUCAAAUAUGAAUCACUCGUGUCCUUAUAAUCAUGACAUUUUAGUGGAUAAAUUGUGGACUGGUAACCUCGAAAAGGGAUUCGCCACAUAUGUCCCCAUAAGAAAUGGAGACUUUGCCAUUUUCACCGAAUGGAUUACUAACAAAGUUCCACGUUCUUCGGUGAAAAUAUACUUCAGGAUCUCCGAAAAAUGA